AUGGACCCCUCUAAAACAUAAAUGUUAAAAUUAUCAUAAUCAACAAAAGAGAGAGUAGAGGCAGCAAAAUAAUAUAUAGAGAAGAAAUAUUAGAAGUUGCUUUAUGAAUAAAAAGAGAAGAGAGAAAAGUGGGAAUAGUUAAUUCAAAAGUUGACUAAUUUGAAUUAUACUUAAGUUGAACAACAAGUAAUAAAAUAAGACUUGUUUCAUAAAGAAGCUGAAAUAUUAAGAUUAUAAAGAUAAAAGCUUAGCAUAAAAGAGUUUGAAUCAGUUGAGAUAAUUGGAAGAGGAGCAUUUGGUGAAGUUAGAUUAUGCAGAAAUAAGUUGACAAAUGAAAUUGUUGCAGUAAAGAAAAUGAAAAAGUCAGAAAUGCUUUAUAAAAAUUAAGUAUUGAUUACAUAACCUAGGUUUGUCAUGUAAGAGCUGAAAGAGAUUUAUUAGUAGCAUCAGAUAAUACUUGGAUAGUUUAAUUAAAGUGUUCAUUCUAAGAUGAGAAGUAUAAUAUACUAUAGAUAAUAGAUAUUUAUAUUUGGUGAUGGAAUAUUUACCAGGAGGAGAUUUAAUGACUUUACUUAUGAAGAAAGACAUCUUUACAGAAAAAGAAUCAUAAUUUUAUAUGGCAGAAUCAAUAAUGUAAUUAUUGUAUUAUAAAUAACAAGGGCAGUUGAUUCAGUUCAUAAAUUAAAAUACAUACAUAGAGAUUUAAAACCAGAUAAUAUUCUACUUUAAUCAGAUGGACAUAUAAAAUUGAGUGAUUUUGGAUUAUGUAAAUAUGUAGAAUCUCGUGGAACCAGAUUAGAUGAAAGAAUAAGUAUACACAAACCAGAAGACAAAGGUAGUAACACAACCACUUUUAAAAGAAAUAGAAUUAAAGCAUAUAGUACAGUUGGAACUCCUGAUUAUAUUGCUCCUGAAGUUUUUGGGAAAUCUGGUUAUAAUGAAACUGCAGAUUGGUGGUCUUUAGGAGCAAUACUUUUUGAGAUGCUUGUAGGAUAUCCUCCAUUUUUCUCAGAUGAUCCUUCGUCUACAUGUAAAAAUAUAAUUAAUUGGAAAAAAACACUUGCUAUUCCUCCUGAAGCUAAAUUAUCACCAGCAGCAACAGAUCUUAUUCUUAGACUUAUGUCUGAUGCUUAAAAUAGAUUAGGUGUUAAUGGAGUAAAUGAAAUAAAAGCACAUCCAUUUUUCUCUGGUAUUGAUUGGAAAAACUUAAGAUCAAAAGCAUCUCCAUAUAUACCUGAAAUUAAAUCUGAAUUAGAUACUAGAAAUUUUGAUAAAUUUGAAGAACAAGAACCUUGGGUACCAUAAGAGUAAUUAAUAAUACAAUUAUUUAAGUUCUGGUAAAUCAAUAAGAAAAGAUGUCAAUUUUAUAGGUUAUACUUUUAAUCGAGAAGUAGAAGUUUAAAGAUCCUAUCUCCUAUAAGCAUUACUGGAUCUUGAUGCUUUGUAAGUUUAAAAAACUGUAAUAUAUCUAUUUUUAUUAAGGUUCCAACUGAAUCUACUUUGAGUAAAUCUUAAGAUAAGAAAGAUACUUUUAUGAUGUAGUCAAUGCCUAAUAAUUUAUAAUUGGACUCAGAUCUAUAAAGCAAAUUACUCAAAACAUAAAAAUUAUUGUAAAAUUCUUAAUCUAAGUAAAUCUAACCUUUAUUUAGACCUGUUCUUACUACAAAAUAACAAAUACCAGCUUCAAAGUUUUAAUAGUAAUUAAGUCUAAGUCCAACUCAUCAGAACUUUAAUUAAUAAAGCUACCUUAAAUAAUUGAUAAGUCCUUAAAAUAAAAAAACUGCUAUUUCUCCAUAAUAAAAACCAGUUAGCGAACAUUAAAACCCUACCUUGGCAUAACUCUAUAAAUAAUUUGAAAUAUAAAAAUAAGUGAGCACAACUCAGAGAGCUUAACCUAUAUCUUAAAUUUAGAUUCCAAUUAAUAAUAAUAAUAUUAACAAGAAAUGA